AUGCACAACUUGGUUAAAGCAAAUGCUUGGGUAGUUCUAAGACUACCUUCCGAUAACCUCAAAGUCUUACAAGUUGUUCCAAAUACUCCAAUAUCAUUGGGAAAAUAUGGUACCUUUCCAAGCAACCUCAUAAUUGAUCGCCCGUACAAUCUUAAAUACGAACUUGUCGAUAGACAAAAAGAUCAAAAAUACUCGGACUUGAGGAUCGUACCAGCGUCUGAAAUCCAUGCCGACACAAUAGCAGAGGAAGAUGCAGCGGCAAACCCUGUUUCGGAUGAUAAUGUAAUAAUUGGAGGAGAUGGUGUCGAAUUCGAACUUGUGGGAGAAAAUGGAGAAGUCAUUAUGCGCUCCAAUCGCGAAACUAUUGAUGACUCUGCUAGGCAGACCUUAACACAAGAGGAGAUUGAGACUUUAAAAAGAGAUGGUGCCGCUGCAGGAAAAGACCUCAUUGCUAAACUAAUGCUAUCACAUACUGCCCUCGACGAAAAGACAGCUUUCUCAUUAGCAAAAUACAAGCUGUUGAAGACUAGGAAAUACUUAAGACAAUUUACAAUAUUACCAAUGGAUGUGGCAAUGAUGGAUUACUGGAUGAUGAAAGAGAAAGAUGCUAGCAAGAUCAUGGAAUUCAGGGACGAAAUGCUCGCGUUGGCUGGAAGUUGGGCGAAUGUACAUUUCUCCGAGGAUCCAGAGAAUGAACACACAGACGCCCUCAAUACAAGUGGUGGAGGUCGAUUGUUGGUAGUAGACGAGACUGGGGGCUUACUAGUUGCAGCUAUGGCCGAGAGAAUGGGCCUGUUAUACCCGGAAGAAGACCAGGAUCUACCCACGGAAUUCACAGGCGCAGUGGAGGAAGCUCAAGCUGAUAAAGAACCAGCUCCACGGCACCAGUCUGAUCGUCAAUAUCGUCCUUAUGCCAACACCAAUACGUUAACUUUAAUACACACCAACUCUCAACCCAAUCUUUCACUACUAAAAUAUUUCAAUUUUAAUAUUGAUAGUCCUGCAGCAUCGCACCCACUGACUAAACGACUCCUGCCCAUAUCUUGGUUACAACUUAUCUCGCCGGAAAGUGAUAGCUUGUACUCUUCCCCACCCCCUUCGGCAACACCAGAGGAAUUGUCGAAAUGGAGUUCAGGAAAACGAGGAACUCAUUUUCGAAAGAAGCGUCGCUGGGAGAGAAUUAGACACAUUAUCUCAACUACCCAACACGGCGAUUUCACAGGUUUAGUAGUAGCUUCCAAUAUGGAUCCUAUAUCCAUCAUUCGCCGCACCAUUCACCUCCUUCGACCCAGCGCUACCAUUGCCAUCUAUUCGCCCACCAUUGAGCCCCUAGUCGCUUUAGCAGAUCUAUAUAGCACAAGCAGAAGAACCGCAUUCAUCCAAGCACCCCCAGAAGAGUUAAAGGGACUAUCACAGGCUGAAAUAGCAACAUGGCAGGGAAACGAAGAUUUCCCCCUCAAUCCCUCGCUUAUCUUGAAUGCAUCAGUACAAAGCUGCAGAAAACGUGAAUGGCAAGUUUUGCCGGGGAGGACACAUCCAUUGAUGACGAGUAGAGGUGGUGCCGAGGGAUAUUUGUUUACGGGCACAAGAGUCGUACCUGCGGAAGGAAAAGUAGAAGCUAGAGGAAAGUUCGCAAAGAGAACGAAGGUUGUUGAUGGGGGAGUGGGAGCAAGUAAGAGGGCGACGGACGAUACUCAAGAGAUUGCAAAUAAGAAAAUAAAAUUGGAGACAGAAAGUUUAAAUGUCCAGACAGAUAGAAAGUCGGAUAUAGAUAUGGAGAUAUAG